AAGCGCACGUCCUCUGCUAAUGCUUCGAGCCUUCUAUGUUUCCAAACCAGCUGGGAAUGAUUUUUAAAACGUGUCGUUUCGUUAUCUCUAGAUUUUGGGUGAAGAUACCAACUAUCCAAUAAAAUAAUUUGCAAACAAGGAUAUCUGAAAAGGGUUCGUCUCCUUUUGGUGCCUGCCUCACAUUUCCAGAGCAAAACAACAUACCAGUCAUAUAUUUUUACUUUUCAAAGUGGAACAACAAGAAAAAAAAUGAACUGUUCCUCCAGCUAUCGAAUUCAGACUGAUCUGGCCACAAGAUUCAUCUACGUUCUUAUCAACGUUUUUACUGCGUUGCUAGCCAUCGUUGGCAACUUUUUCCUUCUCUUUGUAGUUUUCAAAUCUUAUCGUCUCCGAACAACAUCCAAUUACUUCCUAUGUUCGCUAGCAGUAGCGGAUUUUUUGGUUGGUCUAAUCGCUUCACCGCUGAAUAUCCUACGAAUAGAGCCCUCAAUUCCAGCCAGUUAUCUACCGGCAAUCGGAAAGAUUUUUGACUUCUGUGUAUUACAAACCUUAAUGGCGACAACAUUCAACCUAGUACUAGUAAGUAUUGACCGAUAUAUUGCCAUAAAAUGGUCUUUACAGUACUUGACGAUUUUGACGACGAAAUUCGUUUCAGUAGCUAUUGGGAUCACUUGGACAUCCUCGUCGUUACUAGCCUUCCCGGGUUUGUUUAUCUACGGAGAAGGUUUGAUGAUCCACUGGCUGGUGACUGUACUGGUCACUCUAAUCUUUCCGCUUGGGAUUAUUUGUUUCUGUUAUGUGGAGAUUUUAAAGAUAACAAAGGCACAGCAAAAGACCCAUGCUGUAGUACUACAGAGCGGAGAGCAAAUAUGUAACGAAUCUGAAGCCCGCAACAAUAUCAAAAACCGGAAAGCUUCUUUAACCUUUGCAAUUAUAACUGUGGUAUUUCUGGUUUCAUUCGCGCCCAAUUUGAUCUGUAAUGUAUUUUACGCCUUUACGUUCCAGCCUUGUAGCAAGAUACCUGAAUACUUCUAUUGGACAAAUACAAUAAUGUUUAUUAGUUCAUCAUUGAAUCCACUGCUUUACGGUGCAAGAAGUCGCGACUUUCGACUUGCUUUUAAAAGGAUAACCUCGAAUUUUCGAGUCGGCAGCCAUGGAUAGAUAAAGGACGGUCAAGAACCGGACGAACAUCGUCAUCAUAAUGAGAAACAAUAGUGAAGAGAAGAGAAUGUGCUUUCAAAAUACGAAAUCCUUGAAAGUAUAUAGCUAAUGAAAUAAUGAUAAAUCAUACAACAACAUUAACAAAGUCAGCAGUAGCAACAACAAUAAGGAAGAGAUCAAUAACGAAGCAGACAGCAAAAGUAAUUACCGUGACUAAAAGUGGCAUCAAUUUGAUAAUAUGAAGUAUCAGAAAAGUGUCAAGAAGGGAUUAUGGACAACGAUUGUAAUCAUAGAUCUGAAGCAGAACAGCUGUACAGAGCCUUGAUCAACGCUCAAAAAAUGUUCAGUAAAGACUUUAAUAUAGGUACUUGGCCGAAAAGAGGAGACUACAUGAAACUUGAAAAGCAGAAAAGAGCAGUUCAAUCAAACCAUUUUUUUUUAACAUUUUCUGCAAAAAGAGUGGAAAAGACGAAAAGACAGAAAAUAGUGAAAUGAUUACAAAACCAUGAGAAUGUAGGGAUGAUUGAAAUCAAAGGACGGUUGGUUAUUAAACAAAAUUGGGCAAUGAAUUAUGUAAAAUUCAUUUUGAAAAUAUAUAGCAUAGAGUAAGCUUACAAAGAUUUAGCGACACAAAAAUCCGCAAAACAUCUUAUACACCGUUUGUCAGUAAUACUUCAUACUCAGGCCAAAGUCCAAAGACCCUUUAGUUAUAAAAUCGCGCGAACUGUACAAAAUAGUUUUUAAGGCUACUUUAUGAUAAUAUUACCAGCUGCGGGAUUAAUUUUUUCACUUGAAGAUUCUCAUUAAAUAUUCAAUUCUACUAUUGAUGGCGACUGGAAAGUGGAAAU